AAUAAUUCUUACAUCGCAUAAUUCAUAAUCACUUUCAUUCAAAAUUAUAUUAAAAUAUUGUUCAAUCAUUUCAUUUUUAGAAUCAGUGAAAUAUUUCAGAGACGAUCCAUCAGGAUUUGUCUAUAAAAAAUGCAAUGAAACUGCCCAGACUAUUUAUUUGGAUUGUUUAAAUGCACCACAGUGUCUCGCUGGAGCCCGAUUUCACAAAGAAACUGGACAAAUUGAAAAUUUUGGCGUGCAUUCGGAUGAAAAAACAGACGAGAGUAUUGUUUUCAAGCUCAAGCUCGAGGCGUUUUUGAAAAACCAAGCACGCUCGGAUGAUUUAGUCAACAUAAGCGUACUCAAUCUGUACAAAAAUGCUCUGGCUACAAAUUUCGAGGGAAUUUGGCUACCGACCGAUCACAAAACUUUGUUUCUGGCCAAAUUACGUCGUAUUCGUAAAUACGAAAAAGAAAAAAAGAAAGCAGGCAAAGUGUGCACUCGGCCAAUUCGUGCUGCUGCUUUGACUUUGGAUGCAUCUACGUCUCCAAUGUCACCGAACUCGAUUGCUCCAGAUCAAGUUGUGGCAUCUAUUUCAAGUCAAACGUUCAAUCAAGUCUCUCAGAAAAUUUCGCCAAUUUUAUUACUGCCACCAACCGAAUUCGCAGAUGAUGUACCGCCACCGAUCGCAUUUACAAACGAUGAACCAACAUCGACACCAUUUGCGAGCCAUGUACGUUCGCUUCGUCGCUCUACCCGCAGGCUAAAUUGUUUGUCGUCGCAGGCCAAAGCACCGAGCUCGCCAUUGGAAAAGAACAUAAACAUUCGAUUGGUAGCAAAUGGUAGCCGUACUCCCAUUUGCUUUGUUUCUUCCAACAACGAACACGCAGUCACGAACGUUAAAGGAAAAAGAAAUGCGACAAAUAUGAAGGGCGCCUCAGUUGCCAAUCAAGCCUAUGGAAUCAUCACCCGAUCCAAAACAGCAAAGGCAAGAUCAGUGAAGAAUGUGACGUUUGCUGAAGGACUUGCGCAGUGCCGUCGGUCACUGUUUGCUUCAAAAGAAGAUCUUGGCGAGCCAAAUUUGAGCAAAGGCGAUGCACCAUAA